AUGGAGAUUCAACAUGCAAUCCAUGAGCACCCCUUGUAUUUUCAAGAGAGAAGCUGGGGAAAUUGCUCUGCAUGUUGGAAGCUCUUAUUUGGGCCCACCUAUGGUUGCACCAAAUGUGAAAAGCUUUUUCAUAAAUCCUGUCUUGAUGAGCUCAAACUUGGUAGCUUUAUACAUUUCACUCAUUUUCAUCCUACAAAGCCUGUUGAUUUCAAGCAGCAGGAAGAUAAUCAAGUUGUCUGCGCCAUUUGUAAACACCUCUGCUCUUCUUCUUCUUCUUCCACCUAUGGGUGCAUGGAAUGCAAGUUUUUCAUUCAUAAAUCUUGCCUCACCACCAUUCCACCACAGCUCAUCAAUCAUCUCAUCCAUCCAUGCACUCUCGUACUCCAACCAGUAGAUUUCAUUUACUCUUGUGCUAGAUGUCGUUCAAAUUGUCCCGGCAGAGCCUUCGUAUGCAACACAUGUGGUUUCUACCUGGAUGUCAAAUGUGCCUUUGAUUCUAUAGCAGAAUCUGAAGAAGCCAAAGAGAUCCAACAUUUCAGCCACCGACGUCCACUUUCACUCAUCCAAAACUAUCAACAAUAUGGAAAUGAACCUCGCUGUGCAGCAUGUCUACAAACUUGUUUACCUCCAACACCAACUUUCAGGUGUACCAAAUCAUCAUGCACCCACUUCUUUUUACACAGAUCAUGCGUUGUUAUUUUCCCUCAUCAACGUCGCCUUCAUGACCAUCCCUGUCAUCCCAAACACGAACUCACCUUUACAUCCCUCCCAUUCCGAAUCCCUACUUGUGGUGCAUGUUGCUGGGGUAUUGAUUCAUCCCUCUUUGCAUACGGUUGUUAUCAGUGUGAGUUUAGCCUUCACUUGGAUUGUGCUAAGCUGUUGCCCAGUUUUGAUUGCAAUGACUCUCUUCCACAAAACACCCGGUUUCACUUGUCAUCUUGUGGUGUAAACUGCUAUAACUUUGUCCUUCGAUGUGUGCCAUGUAAUUUCAACAUCCAUCUUCAGUGUCUUCCAUCAAUACCCAAAACAAUAACCCAUAAAUCCCAUCUCCAUCCUUUAAUCCUUACAAAUUCUCCUUUUGAAUAUGAGUUGAACUCAGAAGAAGAUGCUUAUAACUCCGAUGAUGAAUUUUAUUGUGACGUCUGCGAGGAGAAAAGAUACAAAAGGGUGUCUGUUUAUCACUGCGCAGACAGUAAAUUUAUUGCACAACUUAACUGCGUCAUCGAUGAAGUAAGUCCUUAUCCUAGUCUCAAUCAUUCCUUGGUAUAA